GCAUAUUUCAAUCCUGUUCCACAAGAAGCAAUGGUAGUUCUUUGAAGUUAAAAUUAACGCAAUGAUAGCUGCAUUCAGUGUUGUUCACUACAGAAUCAUAGCUUUAAUAAUUGUUACUUCUCCUUGGUCGUUUAUAACAGCGAUCAACAUCAGAUCUUUCCAACCAGAAGUUGUACCACUACGAUCAAUAACUACAUUAACCAUUGCUACAUCUGAUCAGUUAAACGCAAGCUCGUUCAUACAAUGCCGCUUUAAUGAUAUUUCCACGGCUGCAAACCUGAAAGGUAACUUGGUGUUUUGUAAUACUCCACCCAUGAGGUCUACCGAUAAAGUGGCUUUGCAUCUUGAAGUUGAUGAAAAGUUGCACAAAGCGAAUAAACCCUUACGGUUUCAUGGACCUUUUAAAGUCUUUGACAUCUCACCAAAAACAGCUUUCCCAUCACAACAAAUACGAAUAUCUAUAAGUGGCAUCUCUUGUGAAGACUGGAUGACCUUCUUUGUAAGAUUUCAAUCACAAAAUGGAACAAAGAUCACCCAGAAAGGGAUUUGCGUCAAUUCUACUGUAACAUGCUAUCUACCAGAGUUUCCCGCGCAUGCUCUCUUGCGUGUUGGCGUAACGUUGUCCAACAGAAUUGUUGAGUGGUGUCCAAAAAAACUUCAAGUUAAGUAUCCUAUCGACUCCAAACAAAGCUCAAUACAGGAUCUUGUCCCUGACAUCCAGAGAAAGGGCGCCAUCACUUUCAAAGUUCUUCCAAGAGAUAGGUUCAAAAACGCUUUAUUAGUCGAUAAAGACUUCAAGCCAGAAGGAUUUUCGGUUCAAUAUUCUCCUUACAAUAAACCAAACCAAUUCAGUUUUCUUGACUGUGCAGUUUUCAUCGAUACAGAAGCCAAUUCAUUCGGUGCGAUCUGCAGUGGAGCGAAGAGUGAACAAAUUCUGGUUUAUCCAUCGUUAAAUAAUGUUGUAGUUGGUGGAAAGAAAGCCUAUGAAAUCACAACGACGUGUCCUGGACAACCAAGCUGUUCUGCUUUCUCAGGAGAUAAUGAUGACAGCAAGAUGAUUUCUAUUUUAUUACCUUCAAUUGCUCUUCCAAUAGUUUUACUGAUAAUCUUCGCUGCUCUUUAUAAAUAUCGAUGGUUUAUUAUUCAAAAAGCUAACUUGAUGUCCAGGCAAACGAGGGCAUCUACGUAUACUAACACAAAGGAGCAAAGCCAGGAAGUAGAAAUGCUGAUGCAGUUCUCUGGUGAGCAUCUUUCUAAACCUUCGAGCGACUCAAACAAAGAACAAGAUGUACCACUUGCGGUUGACAAUUUGCUUUUACAAAGGACAGAAGUUGAUUUGCAGGCUAUCACAUCAAGUGGAGUCUGCGUUGUUGUAGACGCAUCAUUUGGCUUCGCACAAACAAUGGAACAACAACCUUCAAACCAUUAUAAAGCAAACGAGCGAAACAAUGACACGUCACUGGACAUUACAGAUACUAACAAAAGUCCAGAAUAUGACGAUAAAGAUUCACAGCGCAAUAACAUUAAUGCUUCUCACUUUUCUGAUACAAAUAGUGCAACACCUGACAGACCAAAAACGGUUUUUGAUGCAACAUUUCCAGACGAAGCAAGCAAAAAGCUAGAUCAGUCUCCUGCCGGUUAUAUUGCGGAGACGACAACAUUCUCACCUAUUGGAGGUAGUCCUACCCAUUGCACAGAGAGUCCCAUUAAUAAGUCGGUAGAAAAUGAUUUGAAAGAGGUCGGUGAGGCCACUGGAUGGGAUGCGCGACCAAGUGAAGGCGCGGAAAUAUGGGAUAAUAAGGAUACGGGAGAUAACUCUGAGCAGUUUUCUUGCAUCAACAAAAUGGAAUCCUCGAGCUCGUCCGAAGACGAAGAAGUUUCACUAAGAAAUAAACUGAUGGCAGAACUGAAAUCACGUUUGAGAAGAAAAUACAGGAGGUCCAAGAUUGAAAUUAAUAGCGAAAAAUCGUAGUGAGUACCAUCAAUCAACGGAGGAAAAAUGAGUAAAUUGAAGAAAAAAAAUUAUUACUCUCU